AUGUCGCCGUCAGCCGUUAACGAGACCGCAGCUCAACAGGCAGUUAAAUACAUCCAGGCCCUAGCGGAUAAAUUCCCAGAGCCUUGUGGAGCGACCGAAGCCUGGCGCGAUGUCGACGAUGUCGCAUAUGCGCUGUCUCAGGUGUCUCUGUUUACCCCGAGACCUAUUAAGAUCGUCGCGAUAGGUGCUGGUAUUGGCGGAUUGGCGAUUGCUCAUGCGGUGGAAUCUGGUAAGCUUCCCGGAGCUGAGUUGACUAUUUAUGAGAAGGAUUCUGGGAUUGGAGGGACUUGGUUUGAGAAUAGAUAUCCGGGGUGCGCCUGUGAUAUUCCUGCUCAUAACUAUCAGUUUUCUUGGGCUCCUAAUCCAUACUGGAAAGCUUUCUAUGCCGACCGGAGCGAUAUUUACAACUACGUCCAGGGUGUUGCUGAGCAGAACAACUUGAACCAAUACAUCCAACUGUGCCACAAAGUCACCAAAGCUGAGUGGAAUGAAGAGAAACAGAAAUGGCAAGUCACAGUACGGAAAAUGGACGGUCGCGAUAUCGCCGUUUCCAGCCCUGGAAUCACUGAAGGAGAAAUCGAGGAAACAAUCAAUACCGAAUGUGACAUUUUGAUCAACGCCACUGGAUUCUUCAACAACUGGAAGUGGCCUGCAAUUCCGGAUCGAGAAAGCUUCAAGGGCCAACUGCUUCACUCUGCUGCUUGGUCCAAAGACGCUGAGAAGAGUCUCGACGGCAAGACCGUGGCAUUGAUCGGAAAUGGCAGCAGUGGCAUUCAAAUCCUACCCGCCAUCAUCGACCGCGUGAGUAAAAUCUAUGUGCACGUUCGCAGUGCGACCUGGGUCACGACGGGCCUUGCGGAGAAAUUCGCCGGACCAAACGGUAGUAACCUCGUAUUCAGCGAGGAGCAAAAAAGAAAAUGGGCAGAGAACCCAGAAGAGUACCUUGAAUACCGCAAGGAGGUGGAGAAUUCAAUGAGUUCGAGGUUUCGUCUGUAUAUGGCUGGCUCGAAGAUCCAAGAAGCAGCACGCAAGUUUUCGACAGAGUCAAUGACAAAUAAACUGACGGCGGGAGGGAAACCUGAGCUUGCAAAGCUUCUCUUGCCAACGUUUGAAGUCGGUUGCCGACGCCCAACCCCAGGAAAUGGAUACCUCGAAGCUCUCUGCUCCGACAAAUGCGAGGUCGUUUGGGGCGAAGUCGCUGCCUUUACUCCAGAUGGACUACGCACUGCCAGCGGCGCAGUGUCCAAAGUCGACGCGAUCAUUUGCGCCACAGGCUUCGACCUCUCCUGCGUCCCAAGAUUCCCCAUCAUCGGGAGAAAUAAAAUCAAUCUGCAAGAUGCCUGGAGAACCAAUCCAGAGUCAUAUCUGUCAGUGACAGCAGCAGACAUGCCGAACUAUUUCACCAUUCUCGGCCCAGCCAGUCCCCUUGGCCACGGCAGUCUUGUCCCUUCAAUCGAGUUCGUGACGUCCUACAUAUGCGACAUUAUUCGCAAACUCCAGACGCAGAAUUAUUCGUCCGUAUGCCCUAAGGCGCACAUCCCAAGAGCUUACCAGAAACAAGCGCUGGCUUGGCUUGAGCGCACUGUCUGGGCAUCAGACUGUGCCAGCACGUUUAAAAACGGAACUGUCGACGGAAAGCUCGUUUCUCUACACCCUGGGUCCAGAUUACAUAUGUUCGAGUUAUUGAGUACUCCUCGAUACGAGGAUUUCGAUUGGACAAGUCUUAGUCCAGAUGAGGAUCUUGCUUUUGCGUGGCUUGGAAAUGGAUUCACCAUUGACGAGGAUGAUGCGUAUUAUAAAGGGGGUCAAGCUGACUUGACGUAUUUCUUGAAUCCCCCUCCUGGAUCGAAGAACGAACUCCAUCCAAAUUUCCAAGUAUUUCCGUCAUUUUCAACUGUGCUAUCCCAAAAAGGAGAAAACAACGAACUCGUCGAUUUCUAUGCCAACUUCGACAAGAACAGUUCAGGCGCACCGAUCCCAGGCGUCCCCAAGCUCGACGUCACGCGCAUGGUCGACGGGGGAAAGGGCAUCUCCUUUUUCAAACCAUUGCCUCCUACCUCUGUGGGCCGCCAUUUCGAGCAGCGCAUGAAAGUCAUUGGCGUUUAUGACAAGGGCAAAGCGGGGGCGAUUGUGCAGACGCAGACUGAUAUGGUCGAUACGGAGACGAAUGAGGUUUAUACGAGGGUUAUUGGGAAUAACUUUUACGUUGGGCAAGGGGGGUGGGGUGGUCCUAAGGGCUCAUCGCCCGUAUAUGCACCGCCUAAACGGGACCCCGACUUAUCCUAUCCGCUGAUCACCACCGAGGAGACAGCAUUACUAUACAGACUAAACGGCGACACAAACCCUCUCCACGCAGUCCCCGAGCCAGGCCGCAAAAUGGGCUUCAAAGGCGUCAUCAUCCACGGGUUAUGGACAUACAACGCGACACUCUACGCCGUUCUGAAAGUCGCGGGGAACAGCCAGGCAGAGAAUAUCAAGAGCUUCGAGGCCAAGUUCGCGAGUCCGUUGAAUCCGGGCGACACGGCGACGGUGCAGGUGUGGAGGCUUGGAAUAUGCGAUGAAGACGGGUUUGGAGAGGUGAGUUGUCGUCAAUACGAUUCGCAUCGUCAAGAACCUCAUACAGGAAACAUUAUCCAAGAACAAGGACAAGAUCCAGAUCCAGAUCUAAAACUAAACGGAUCUUUUUUUGUUUCGCUCAAGAUGAGUUCUCGACAGAAAAUCCGCACUGGGCUGACGGACCUGUUCGGCGUGAAGCACCCCGUAAUGCUCGCCGGCAUGGGCGUCGCCGCAGGUCCGCGAUUAGCAGCGGCAGUCACCAACGCCGGCGGGAUCGGAGUAAUCGGCGGCCACGGGUACAAUCCAGACGGACUACGCGAGCAGAUCGACGAGUUGAAAGCGCACCUGGUCGACAAAGACGCGCCGUUUGGGGUGGAUAUUUUGUUGCCUCAGGUCGGUGGGAAUGCGAGGAAGACGAACUACGACUACACGGCAGGCAAGUUAAUGGAACUCAUCGACGUGGUAGUCCAGUCCAAAGCCCGUGUCUUCGUCUCUGCGAUCGGCGUCCCCCCCAGAGCAGCCGUGGACCGCCUACACGCCGGGGGAGUGCUGUACAUGAACAUGAUCGGCCACCCCAAGCACGUCCAAAAAUGUCUGGAUCUAGAUGUCGAUAUCUUGUGCGCCCAGGGAGGCGAAGCCGGUGGACAUACAAGCGACAUUCCAUUCUCCGUCUUGAUCCCAGCCGCGGCGAAAUUGCUCAAGGGCAAGAAGAGCAAAAUGACCGGUAUGAAUGUUCAGCUUGUCGCGGCGGGAGGUGUGUCCAGUGGUGAGAGCUUAGCUGCUGCUCUGAUGCUCGGGGCGUCUGGUGUCUGGGUUGGGACACGGUUCAUUGUCGCCCAUGAAGCUGGGGCGUCGAAGGCUCAUCAAGAGGCCGUGUUGAGUGCAACGCAUGAUGAUACCAUGAGGAGUGUCAUAUUUUCGGGCCGCCCGUUGCGGAUACGCAAAACUCCAUACAUCCUCAACUGGGAAGAGAAGCGACAGGACGAAAUCAAGGCGUUAACUGCAAACGGGAUCCUCCCCGUUCAACAUGACGCCGAGCAGCAUCCCGACGACGAAGAUAUUCUGGAUAAUAUCCACCCGUUCCUUAUGGGCAUUGUGGCGGGCGAAGUGAAUCACAGAAGCAGCGCGAGGGAGAUUGUGGAUGAGCUCGUGGACGGCGCGGCUGAAAGGCUGCGGCUGGGAAGUGUGUCGCUUGUCAAUGAGUCGAAGCUAUAA